CCUGUCAAAGUUUUGCUGCCUCUGUGACAGAGAGAACGGUUCACUUUGCUGCAGCUGCAUUACCUUGUAUGACACUCCUCAGCAUCUUAAACUGUGCAAGUUUGGAUUUGAAAGCAUAAUGUCAAGGCUGGUCUUCCUACUUUUCUGUGGAAAUUUUGCACUACUUCUUGGAAAUGCUCAGAAAUUGCCAAGAGUCAAGCGACAAAGCCUGAAGGUUCAGAUCAAUGUGACUAGCGAUGGAGUGUGCAUGAGAUAUAUUCGACCGAGCACAAGCACUAAACUGGAGGGCUUCAUCUUGGGGUACGGCAGCAGCUUCUUCUCUAACCAGUAUAUUUCUCUACCAGCAGAUGGAAAAUCUUACAUGACUGAAGUUGAUGCAGAGCCAAGAUACUUGAUUUCUGUGAGGCCAAUGCCUGUUACAAAUUACAAGAAAUCUUGUUCAGGUAAAACACAUACACCCAAACCACUCCAGUUGGUAAUAGGCACUUUAACUCCAACUUCUGUCUUCUUAUCCUGGGGAAUCUUAGUCAACCCAAAGCAUGACUGGACCACAAUGAAUAAUUGUGCAAAUGACAGAUUUUAUACAGUCCGCUACAGAGAAAAAGACAAGAACAAGAAGUGGGCUCUUCAACUUUGUCCAACUACAGAAACAGUGGUGGACAACCUGAAACCUAAUGCAGUCUAUGAAUUUGGAGUGAAGGACAACACAGAUAAUGGAAUCUGGAGCAAGAUUUUCAAUCAUAAGGUGGUUAUGCCUAGUAAAAACAAGGAAAAUGGACAACCCCAGAACAAUUAUAUAUUACACAAUAUCCAAACACAGUUUGUACCAGGAAAUUCAAAAGUACUACAUCCAGUUACAAUAAUUAAACAAGUUCUUCAAAAUGUAACACAGCGGACAAAGACUAAAAUCCCAGAGAAGUCUCCUUUAGCAGGACCAAUACUAGUGCACCUAAUUGUUCCAGAUUUCAAUGGAACCCAACAAAAGCUGCUAUCACCUUUCACACUGGAUGUACCUGAAAACCCAAAAAAGACACCUGCGAAGAAUGAAACUCAAGAAUGGCCUGCAGAAUCCAAAACACCAGAAGUACAAGAAAUCUCUCCACAAUCUCAACCUGCUAUGGCUGAAUUGGACUGGGAAAGUAGCAAGCCAACAACUCCAAGCAUCUUAAAAGAAUCAGAGAGUCCAUCAGCACGCACUGACAGUGAACUGGAAGCUUCAGAACAUAGCAUAACUCCAAUGGCUGAAUUGUCUCUUGAUAUACUGGCUCCAUACAAAUUUCCAGAAUUUCCUAAAACAAAAGCACCUCCUACCUACCCAAUAUCCACUGAAACUUUAGCUUCACAUGAAAUAGAGUCAGUUUCUUCAGAAUCCCAAACGCCUGUUCCAAAAGGCACAUGGACAAAGCAAGUUUCCAGCAAAACACAACCUGCUCUUUCAAGGCCCAGAACAUCUGACGAGACUGACAUAUCAGACUCCAAAAGAGCAGUAACAAAUGAACCCACACCGGAAUCUCUCACACCUAAAUCAGCUAAGCCUCUUGACUGGCCAAAGUCAACACUGGCGCCGCCUGAAACGGCAUUCAUUCCUUUUAAACGGAAACCUUCUGACACCCCAGAAGGAAGGCAGGUGAAACCUGCCCCUAAUCUACCACCUUUGAAGCACAAUACCCCUAAAACUUCUAGGAUUCUUGAAAAAACUACGACUACACCAGGAGCUCCAGUGGAAACAAAUUUUAUUCCUUCUAUACCUAAACCUUCUACCAGACCUAAAAUGCCAGACGUUAAAUAUGCAGAAAAAGAACAUCAGUGGGAAACCACUACACGUAAAAUGUUUAAACCCGUUGAAUUUCCAAGAACAACAAAGGUUCCCAGUAAAACAAAAAUCCCUGUUUCCAAGCCCCAAAUCCAUCCCCAUCUGGAACAGCCAAAGAUUGUACCGGUUACCAGAACAUUGAUUCCAGUUCCUGCCACAACUAUGGUUUCUGGUGCUGUUGAGCUUCCAGUGGCAACAAUGGCUUCUUAUGAAUCAAGCCCUAUUCCUUUCAAACCUAAAGAACCUGACUAUAUUGUCCCGGAAAUACAAGAUAGCAAACCUGAUUCUUAUGAAUCAAGUUUUAUUCCUUCCAAACCUAAAGAAUCUGCCAGUAUCACGCCAGACAUACAAGAUAGCAAAUCUGGUUCUUAUGAAUCAAGCUCUGUUCCUUCUAAACCUAAAGAACCUGCCAAUAUCAUGCCACACAUACAAGAUAGCAAACCUGCUUCUUAUGAAUUGAGUCCUAUUCCUUCUAAACACAAAGAACCUGAUUAUACCAUGCCAGAAGUACAAGAUAGGAAACCCGGUUCUUAUGAAUCAAGCUCUAUUUCUUCUAAACCUAAAGAACCUGCCAAUAUCGUGCCAGACAUACAAGAUAGCAAACCUGCUUCUUAUGAACCACCCUCUGUUCCUUCAAAACCUAAAAAAUCUGACUAUACCGUGCCAGAAGUACAAGAUGGCAAACCUGCUUCUUAUGAAUCAAGCUCAAUUCCUUCUAAACCUAAAGAAACUGACCAUAUCAUGCCAGAAAUACAAGAUAGCAAACCCGCUUCUUAUGAAUCAAGUUCCAUUCCUUCUAAACCUAAGGAACAUGCCUAUAUCAUGCCAGACAUACAAGACAGGAAACCCGCUUCCUAUGACUCAAGCUCCAUUCCUUCUAAACCUAAGGAACCUGACUAUGUCAUGCCGGAAGUACAAGAUAGCAAACCGGAUCCAACUGAAGCAGAUAAUUUUUAUUUUAAAACACCUGCGGGAUCAAAGCUGCCAUUUAUUGACUCUGCUUCUUUUGAAUCAAGCUCCAUUCCUUCUAAACCUAAAGAAACUGUCUAUAUCAUGCCAGAAGUACAAGAUAGCAAACCUGGUAGAGUGGAUGUACAAGAUAGUAAACCUGCUUCUUCUGAAUCAAACUCAAUUCCAUCUAAAUCUAAAGAAACUGACUAUAUCAUGCCAGAAGUACAAGAUAGCAAACCCGCUUCUUAUGAAUCAAACUCCAUUCCUUCUAAAUCUAAGGAACAUGCCUAUAUCAUGCCAGACAUACAAGAUAGAAAACCCGUUUCUUAUGAAUCAAGCUCCAUUCCUUCUAAACCUAAGGAACCUGACUAUGUCAUGCCGGAAGUACAAGAUAGCAAACCGGCUUCUUAUGAAACGAGCUAUAUUCCUUCUAAACCUAAAGAAACUGACUAUAUAAUGCCAGAUGCACAAGAUAGCAAACCUGCUUCUUCUGAAUCAAGCUCCAUUCCUUCUAAGCCCAAAGAGCCUGACUAUAUCAUGCCAGAAGUACAAGAUAGCAAACCUGAUUCAGCUGAAGCAGAUAAUUUUUCUUUUAAAGUACCUACAACAACAGAACUCCCAUUUAUUGAUUCUGUCUUGGAACCUGUUACGUUUAGCAAUGAACUUCCAAUAGUAGCUCCCAAAGUGAAGGAACACAUCUACAGUCCCAAAACAACGAUGACACCUCAUCCGCUACAUACGAAGCCUGUUAUUGAACCAAUUGUCCUUGAAACUGAUCCACCAAAGAUAGAAACAGAAGAGAGACCUCCUAUGUCUACCAGACCUAAAAACUGGUUAAUCACUGAUGUGCCACAAACUAAGCCUGACAUGGAACCAGUUACCUUUAGAAUGGAGCAGCCAAAAUCAACUCUGGCUCCUAAAGAAACAAGUCGAGUUCCUGCCAGGUUAAAAACAUCUCCCAGCCCUAGUGUAAUGCGAACCAAACCUAGUCCAAAAGGCAACCGACGUGUUUCAUCCAAGCCUAAAGUACCUCCAACAAAAUCCAGUCUCAAAGUACCUCCAACAAAAUCAGCAGAAAUUACUCCAUUUUCUCCAGACCCUAUAACUAUCAUGGUACCUCAUGUUCCUGAAAAGGCAAAAGCAACACUGGCUUCAACAGUGGAACAGUUCAUUCCUAAUAAAUCAAAUCCAUCCACCAAGCCAAGAAUGGUAGAGACAAAACCUGCAGUACAUCGAACAACCUCUCAACCAUUUGUACUCAAACCUACUGUGUCUUCUGAACAAAUAAAGACAAUUAUGGCUCCAAAAGAAACAUGGUUUAUUUCUUCUAAACCCAAAACAUCUGGCAAACUAGAUGGUCCUCCAAGUAAACCUGUUCCAGAUGCAAUACACCCAACAUAUCCAGGAUCAAUUAACCUUCAUAUUCAUGUUUUCAAUGGUCCCAAAGAUGGUUUGGCUUCAACCAAGACCCAUAGUGGUGUAACAACUGAGAGUCCACAUUUGAAAACUGCCGUGCAUGUUACUACAGCUAAACCUAAGACUACUGAUAAGACACGUUCCAGGCCUGUCGUAAAUAAAACAACACCAGUCCCAGGUAGAACACGAACACCUGGAGGAGUAGCAUGGAAUAAACUAUCAAGAGGUGAUAAACUAACUGACCAAGAUGCUACCAAGCUUCUCAGCACAAGUUCUAGUGUACGCUCCAACUCAUCCAUUCAUUCCUCAGUGUCAAGAAAAAAGCCAGACCCUGUAGCUACACCACCCGGCCCUCCACGAUCUCCCUUAGCUUCCGCCAAACCUACACCAGUCCGAAGAAAACCAUUGCCGCCAAACACGGUGACUGGUAAACCUGGGCGCUCAGGAAAUAUCUUGAUGCCACGAGCACCUCCACCUUCUGCAGCAUCUUCCCCAAUUAAGCCCGCUGGGCCAACUGGUCUUGCAAAAACAAGCUCACAUAAAAAGCCACCUACAGCAGCUUCUUCUCCAGAUUAUAGUAAUCCAAUGUUCAGCUCACUUCCUACAACAGAGACGGAUGUUGCAGGCACACCAAGGUAUACAGGUGACCAUGUGAAGUACAUGAAAAAAGAAGAAGAUGUACCAUGUUCCAUUACAGAUACACUCCAACACUUUCCAACAGAGGAUGGCGAGAAUAUAGACACAGCCACUACUCCUCCACGAAAGCCUCCAACUAACCUCACUGUGGUGACUGUUGAGGGUUGCCCAUCCUUUGUCAUACUGGAUUGGGAAAAGCCACAGAAUGAAACUGUUACAGAAUAUAAAGUUGUGUCAACUGAAAAUGGGAGCUCUGAUGUAAGAGACACAUCCAUUAUAACUACAAAUCAAACCCAUUCUACAGUGGAAAACCUGAAACCUAACACAAGUUACGCAUUUCAGGUGAUACCAAGCAAUCCCCUUGGUGAAGGUCCAAGUAGUGAAUCAAUGCCAUUCAAAACUGAAUCAGCGGACCCAAGAGUAACUGAGCCAAUUUCAAUGGGAAAAGAUGCCAUUUGGACUGAAAUCAAAUUUAAUUCUGAUACCUAUUCUGAAUGCAAAGGGAAACAGUAUGUCAAAAGAACCUGGUACAAGAAAUUUGUUGGUGUACAACUAUGCAAUUCACUCCGAUACAAAAUCUAUCUCAGCGAUACACUUACAGGUAAAUUUUAUAAUAUAGGAGACCAGAGAGGAUAUGGAGAAGAUCAUUGUCAGUUUGUGGACUCAUAUUUAGACGGAAGAACUGGGCAACAGAUUCCAUCAGAUCAACUAUCUACCAAAGAUGGAUUUUUUAGAGCUGUUCGACAGGAACCUGUCCAUUUUGGGAGAAUAGGAGCUGAGACACAUACUAAUUACGUUCAUUGGUAUGAGUGUGGAACGACAAUACCUGGGAAAUGGUAGUGAGAAAACAGAUGAACUGAACAACAAAAGAUUGGAUACAGUUAUGACUGUCCCAGAGAAACUCAGAAAUGGAAAUGUGUCAUGGUAUUAUCUUUGUCAUGCUAAAGUCUAAUGACAAUAACUGUUUCAACUGUACUGUUGGCUGGUUUAAAGUUUCCAUAUUUACAGAUCUUUUGUGGGAAGAGUUAGAUGUCAUAAAAGGAUGUCUUGGGAAGCUGGCUCCCUAUUAGUCUUUUAUGGUACCAUCAACAUAUUUUAAAAGAUGUAGUUUAUUAUUUAUCAGUGUUGCAACAUUUUGAGGCACCUUUAUUGAAAAGUUGCUAAGGAACAAGUAUGUAUUCUGAGCUUUACUGGAGUUCAUGUUCUUGUUCAUCUUUCAAACACAUUUAAAUUAUUCAGUCAGGUUAACUCCUGAAUAAUGUUUGUGCUACUUCAUAUGUACAUUUCUGAAAAUAUACAGUUCUACAGCUGAUGGUGCUAUAUGUAUGUUUGCACUCAGAUAGUCCGUACCGAUGAAAACAUUGUAAAACUAUGCCAGUGAACCACACGACAGACACCAUACUUGCAACCAUUCUACCAUGUAGAUGUGUGGUAAAAUACUCAUCAUCCGUAUUAACUCUGCAUGUUAAAUAGGACAUCAUUAUGAGGAAACAAUAAUGUGUCAUUAAAGGUCCUGCAUGACUGGAGUUGACUCUUAAAGGGCUUGUACAGAUAUUUUCUUGUGGCAUUUACUUUUGGUAUAAAUUGAAGCUAUCCAUCAUUGUAGAUUCUUUCUCUACAGAAAUUUAAUUUUUGCUUUGGUGCAAAGGUUAAGGGCAACCAUUUGCUGCAGUAGAUGAGACAAGAGCAUUACAUGUAUAACCUUAAAACAAUCCUGCAAACAAUACAAGGCCACUUGGCAAAAUUUUGGAUGUUCCAGCAAGAAUAACCAAGUAUAAGGUACACAUGUAUUAAGUCUCUUAUGAAAGGCAUGUUUCAACUACAGCCUUUCCCUUUAAAAUACACCUAUGUAGAUACUUGCUUAUUGCUUCCAAGGAAAUUUUCCUUCAAAAUAAGUGCAUGUCCACACAUAAUUGGCACACUGUAUCUAAGGAGAAGCCAAUGUUGUCACAUCAAUAAACAAGAUUUACAUGUACUUUUGAAAAUGAUCAUGCAGCUUUGUCUAAGAAAAGUGUAGAUGAAUGCAGAAGAUAAUAAAAUGUGUAGAAUGAAUUACGUCCAGAAUAUACAAAAGCACCUACACAUUUGUUGUAUUUUUAAAUGAUAUUUUUUUCUUUAUAUAAAACUGAAGAGUAAUGUGAUCCGCUUUGUAGAAUGGCAAUAUGAAGACUGUUGUUGAAAAUGGAUAUCCUUCUCCCUCUACACCAAGUGCUAUAUUUGUAUUGCUUAAACAUGUAAACAUUAUAUAUAAAGAGAUGUAGGUUUUAAAGGUGUUUAUUCAAUGUAAGAAAAUAUAAAGAAAGAAUACAAGGAAUAUUUGGGUUGGUUGAUUGUAAAAAAAUCUUCUAAGUACAUUGCAGGUACACUGUACACUUAAUAAAUUUUUUAAUCAUAAA